AUGGCGUCCCUGGGCGUCCUGGUCUGCCUCCUGCUCCUUCAGCCCUGGCUCCAGGACGCCGGUGCAGGCGGGGAGGGGGUGUACGACGUGUGUGCGGCGCCCUCACUCCCUCCCACCCCCUCAGAGGACGGCCUCCAGGACCCCGGGGCGAGCCCGUCGGAGCAUCUACCCACCGCGGGAGGCUGCAAAGUGGUGGACUUCACCCCAGUGUGCGGCCGCGUGCUCCUGAAAAUCGUGGGCGGCCAGGAAGUGGAGGAAGGCGAGUGGCCGUGGCAGGUGAGCCUGCGGGUCAGCGGCAGGCACGUGUGCGGGGGCUCCCUCAUCUCGCAGCGGUGGGUGCUGACAGCCGGCCACUGCAUUCUGAGGCGUCACCACUACAGCGUCAAGAUGGGGGAUCGCAGUGUCUACCAGGAAGUCACCAGCGUGGUGGUCCCUGUCAAAAGCAUGAUUGUCCACCCGCGAUUCUCCACGACUGGAACCAUUCGCCACGACCUUGCCCUUCUGCAGCUUCACUACCCUGUGAAUUACACCGGGACCAUCCAGCCUGUUUGCAUCCCUGAUGUGACUUUCAAGGUGGCAGCUGGGACCAGGUGCUGGGUGACCGGAUGGGGCAGGACACAAGAAAUCGGUGGUGAAUAUGCUUCGUAUACUCUCCAGAAGGUCGACCAAUACAUCACCUACUACAAAGAGUGUAAUGAGAUGAUCAAGAAAGCCAUGCGAAUGACUAGGGACAUGGUGCUGAAAGGGAUGCUCUGUGGCUAUAUAGAUGCAGGAAAGGAUUCUUGUCAGGGAGAUUCUGGGGGCCCCCUGGUCUGUCAGUAUGAUGACACAUGGGUCCAGAUGGGGAUCGUGAGCUGGGGCUACGGCUGUGGUCGUAGAGACACACCUGGAGUUUAUACAGACAUUGCGGACUAUGCUAAGUGGAUAGUCGAAGUGGUGAACAAGGCUACCAUUUUGUAUCCACUGGUGUUCCUCAUCCUACCCUUGUGGGUGGGGCUGCCCCUGGGUAUCCUGGUGAGCCCGUGA